AUGGGCUAUCGGGGAGAUGUUUAUGAACGAUAUUAUAUGCAAGCAUUCAUUGAUACAGAUUGCCAAGCUAUUUACCUUGGAUCUACACGACGAGAAGAUCUAAUUCGAGCUUUUCACAAGACUGUUCAUACUAUCGAGGUCGAUCGACAAUUGCAAGGAAUUCUUCCCGCCGAUAUCCUCACCCCUUCAACAAUUGAGUACGAGCUUAAGGAGCAAGCUACUAUAGCCAGAUUGCUCUUCGAACCACAUACAGGCCUUACAGAGGAUCAGAUCAUUCAAAAGCGGAUCGAGCUUGUUCAAAACUUAAUCCAACUUUGCAAACGCCAAGAAUCCCCUCGCCAAUAUCGAGCAUCGAAAUCCAAAGGACGGCCUCGAAAACAUAUCAACUCCCAAACCUUAUCAGAAGACGCAGAUUCGACAUCUCUAAUUGCUGAUAUAACAACAAGAUCCCAUAAACUUUCCAAGGUCUCUACAUUAUUUUGUGCCUUCUGCAAAUGGAAUGAUAAUGAAGCAGGGCCAGAGAACGAGAGUACAAAUACCUUCGUAUUGAUAGUCUUAAUCGAUAUAUCAAAACUCAGCACCUUCAAUCUCAUACCGCUGAUGAGGGAUUUCACUAUCCUUAUCAAGGAUGUUCAGCAUUUUUAG